UUGGACGUGGGAGAGAGAGAGCGACCACCGGGGGAUCCGCCUGAUGCCGCUGGAUUGUGGGUAUCAAAAGUCACGGGUAGGGCUGCGGGUGGGAUGCCUACCCCAGAAAGUGUGUUGGAUGAUGAGUUUGUUGUGUCGAUGGUACAGUUGGAGUUUCCGGAUGGUGAGGAGGGGGAACCGGUGGUUACGAUUGGGGAAGAAGUGAUAGAAGCUAUGCAUGGGUUAUGGAAGAAAUGUAUGAUAGUGAAAGUGUUGGGGAAACAAAUUCCGAUCCAGAUGCUUAAUCGAAAACUUCGUGAGAUGUGGAAGCUGAAGGGGGAGAUGUACGUCAUGGACCUACCUAGGCAGUUUUUAAUUGUUCGUUUUGAGUUGGAAGAGGAGUAUUUGGUAGCAUUAACAGGAAGUCCAUGGCGGAUUUUCGGUAGUUACUUGAUGGUGCAGGAUUGGUCACCAAGUUUUGAUCCUCUUAGGGAUGAAAUUGUUACCACGCCGGUGUGGUUAAGGUUGACGAAUAUUCCAGUCCAUUAUUACCAUAGAUCGAUCCUAAUGAGCAUUGCGAAAGGACUUAGCAAACCGAUUAAGGUGGAUAUGGCUACCCUUAAUUUUGAGAGAGCUCGAUUUGCAAGAAUAUGUGUGGAAGUGAACCUAUCUAAGCCAUUGAAGGGCACGAUAUUAAUCAAUGGGGAGAGAUAUUUUGUGGCGUAUGAGGGAUUGGUGAAUAUAUGUUCAUCUUGUGGGAUCUAUGGUCAUUCAAUUCAUGCUUGUCCUAAGCGUAGAGUGGAGAAGGACGUGAGUCCAGUGGUGAUGGAGGAUAAUUCUAGAGAAGUUGCACCACCUCAAGAAGAAGAGGGUUUCACGGUGGUUAGAAGCCGGGAACGGAGGCAGUCUAAAGCAGUGGUUUUUUCGGCGGGUUCUGAUGGGGGAGGAUCGUCGAGGAAUCUCCGGGAGAUCACGCAGAAUCAGGAAUUGGAGAUCUCAAAUCGGUUUGGUGGUUUGGAGGUAGAUUUGGUAUUCCCCGUAACAAGGAAAGGUUUAAAUGUGGGUGAGGCAAAUAAGGAGAAUGAGAUUAUGCUCCUUAAUGCACAGAAGGAUUCACGUGGUACACAAGGAAGAGAUGCAAGGUCCGGUUUAGUUGUGGAGAAGAAUAAAAAUGUUACGAAAAAUGGGUCCAAGGCGAAGAGAAAUGGAUCGGGUAAGGUUGGUGAGCCCAGUGGGCCGAAACAAAGACAAGGCCCAUCGACUUUGACAUCGAGAGGACUUGUGUUUGGACCGGCGAAAGGAGAGGAGAUGCUCUCAGCUAAUGGAAAAAGGCUAAGAGUUGAAUCAGUGGGAAUGGGAAGACCAGGUGGAGCUUUUGUUAGUGUCCGUGAGGUUGCUUUGAGCGAGCCGAGUGGGAAAAAUGUCCUAGCCUUGUUUGAAACUCAUGCUGGAGGUGACAGAGCGGGAAGAAUCUGUCAAGGACUAGGUUUUGAGAAUUCGUUUCGGGUUGAUGCGGUGGGUCAGAGUGGUGGUAUUUGGCUUUUAUGGAGGUCGGGUAUCGGGGAUAUGAGUAUUGUGGAGUCGUCUAGUCAAUUUAUUGCGGCGAAACUACAGAAUGGUGCAGAGGUCUUGUCUAUUAUCGUCGUGUACGCAGCUCCUUCGGAGAGUAGACGAAGUGGUUUAUGGGAGCAGUUGAGUGCAGUUGUACAGCGGCUAGAAGGUCCUCUGAUAAUUGGUGAUAUGGGUUAUAGUGGACAAAAGUUUACAUGGAAACGUGGGAGAGAGCAGGAGAAUUUCGUGGCAAAACGGUUGGAUCGAGUACUUUGUUGUGCUCAUGCAAGGUUGAAGUGGCAAGAGGCUCGGGUUAAGCAUCUUCCCUUUUUAGCGUCGAAUCACGCUCCCUUGUAUGUCCAACUCUGCCCCGAAGUAAGUUGUGAUCCGAGUAGAAGGCCUUUUUGCUUCGAAGCAGCUUGGCUUAAACACCCGAGCUUCAAGGAUUUGAUCACGGCGUCAUGGAAUAAUACGAUUAAGACGCCGGAAGCGUUGAAUGAGUUACGAGUCAAGCUCAAGAGAUGGAACCGGGCUGUGUUUGGGGAUGUUCAUAGACGUAAGGAGGAGUUGAUGGCGGAGAUAAAAACCGUUCAAGAGGCUCUUGAGCUGAGUCAAACCGAUACACUCUUACACGAAGAGGAGGUAUUGCUGCGGAAAUUUGAAGAGGUUUUGGAACAAGAGGAAGUGUUGUGGUUCCAGAAAUCAAGAGAACAAAAAAUUGCACUUGGGGACAGAAAUACGAAAUAUUUCCAUAUGUCUACGGUGAUACGGAGAAGACGGAAUCGUAUUGAGCAGUUGAAGAAUGAUGAGAACCAAUGGAUCACAGACGCUAAUGUAUUAGAGCAGAUGGCGGUGGCUUAUUACAAGCGUUUGUACUCAAUGGAAGAUGUGCCGAGUGAAGUUGUAAUGCCUCCUAGAGAUGGGUUUGUGACUCUUACCCGUGAGGAGAGGGAGAGUUUGAAUACACCGUUUUCAGGGAGGAAAGUUAAGGAAGCAGUGAGGGGUAUGGAACGAUUUAAGGCACCGGGGCCUGAUAGUUAUCAACCUAUCUUUUACCAUGAAUGCUGGGACAUUGUAGGCGAAUCGGUGAUACGUUUCGUCUUAGAUUUCUUUGAAUCGGGUACUUUACCGGCUGAGACUAAUGAUGCUUUAGUGGUUCUAAUAGCUAAAGUAUCAAAGCCAGAGAUUACACAGUUUAGGCCGAUAAGCUUGUGUAAUGUCAUUUUUAAAACAAUCACGAAGAUGAUGGUAAUACGACUUAAGAAGGUGAUCGCGAAGCUGAUUGGUCCUGCACAGUCUACUUUUAUUCCCGGGAGAUUGAAUAUGGAUAAUAUCGUGGUGGUACAAGAAACGGUCCAUUCAAUGCGUAAGAUGAAGGGUCGAAAAUGGUGGAUGCUCUUGAAACUUGAUUUAGAGAAAGCAUAUGAUCGAGUUAGAUGGGAUUUC